UCAUCAUCAAAGGGGACUAGUUCGCACAGUAGAUACGAUGAGGAUCCAACAAUCCAUUGCUCUCACACUUUUGGCCAUCUUUGCCACUCUUUGCAGCCUCAUACAGGCUCAAAAGGCUUCCGGUAGUAGUGGAACAGCAGCAAAAUAUCGAAAUGCAUCGAAACAGAGUUCCAAUAAUGUCGUUCAAUUGAGUGGUGAAAGUGAUUUCGAAUCGCUCGUCAGUAGUCAAAGAGAUUAUUCCGUUACACUCUUGUUGAGUGCAGUAGACUCUCCACCCGUUCAAUGCGGUCCUUGUAAAAUCUUCCAACCUAUUUACGAACAAAUUGCAAAAGGGCUACGAAAGUCAACACAAAAAGACGCAACAAAUCAACACAUUUUUGCCUAUUUGGAAUUCAAGAAUGGCAGAGAGGUUUUCCAAAAGAUGAACCUACAGUACGCCCCCGUCUUGCUCUUCUAUCCACCCACUGUCGGACCUCGUGCCUCUGCAAAGAAAGAACCAGAGCAAUAUGACUUCAAUCGAUUAGGAUUUGAGGGAGAGGAUGUAGCCAAUCACAUUUCACAAAAAGUUGGCUUCAAAGUGCCUUACACGAAACCAUUCCCAUGGCAUCUAGCAGGUGUCGCCACUGCAGGAGCAGGUGCGUUGCUCUUGCUUGUUUUCGUCAUCUUGCCUCGUCUUUCUAGAGCGAUUGGAUCAGCUCUCGUUUUGGCUUUCAUCACAAUCAUGUGUGCUGGUCAUAUGUGGAACGGAAUUCGUAAUGCUCCUUAUAUCACUACAGAUGGCGCAGGAAAAGUUCAAUAUUUCGCAGCCGGAUUUCAAAAUCAAAAUGCAGCUGAAACGCAAAUCGUUGCCGUUAUUUAUGGUAUCUUGGGCUUCUCCGUGGUUUCAUUGACGGUAUUGGUGCCCACGCAACGUGAUCCUGUCAAACAAAGAGCGGGCGUUUAUGUUUGGUCGGCAAUCUUGCUCUCGGCUUUCAGUCUUUUGCUUUAUGUCUUCCGACUCAAGAAUGCUUCGUAUCCGUUCAGGUUCUUAUUCUGA